AUGAGUAAAAGGACAUUAAAAGUGAUCAGCGAUGCGUCAGCUGCCAAGAGACGUCAAGUGGCAGCUGCGAGUAUCGAAGAAACACCAGAUGAUACAAACCAUGAGGGACUGUCUCCCAGCAGCUUCUCCCUCUCUGCCACAGUGAGUAACUCCCCCUCAAAAGCACCUGUUCUUUGUUUUUGCUUUCUCUUAUAUGCUCAUUAGUGGCUGAACAUCGUUAUCGGCGUGUAUUUCCAGGGAGAUAUCGGCAUCAUAGAAAGCAUCACUCUGAUGAAUUUCAUGUGUCACCGUUUCCUCGGUCCUAUCCAGUUUGGGCCCAAUGGGAAUUUCAUCGUCGGCAACAAUGGAAGUAAGAGGCGUAUUUCUGGAUGUGUCUGGUUAUCAUCCGUUGUGUUCAGCUUGUGCUUUUAACACACCUCAUCCCACUGGAGAGACAGGCACUUCUGAUGUAUCUACUGCCUUUAAACAAAGGCUCAAACACAGAGGCCUGUACAUUUUUAACAUAUGGUACACUGCCUUUUUUUUUUUUUUACAUUUAGUGAUUUAAUCAGGUUUCUUUUUUUUCAAUUUCAUUAUCAGGUGGAAAAAGUGCAAUCCUGACUGAUCUAAUCAUCGGCCUAGGUGGAAAGGCCAAUAUCACAAACAGAGGAGUGUCAAUCAAGGAUUUUGUGAGUACAUACAUAGUGGUAAACGUCCUAAAGAGGGAAAUUAGUGUUUUUGCUAUUUAUAAAGAAUGA